AUGGUACAAAAUAGGACUAAAUUGCAAAAACUUUUCAAUCGACUACGAGUAGACAGGGAUAGUGAUUUGAAGAAGAUCGUACCUAUUCUCGGAGAUAUUACAGAGCCUGAACUUGGGAUUAGUCAGGCUGACCAACAACUGCUCACCGAUACAGUAUCAGUAGUGUUCCAUUCGGCGGCUACAGUUAAAUUUGACGAAGCUCUCAAACUGUCUGUUACAAUCAAUAUAUUGGGUACCAAGAGGCUGGUCCACCUGUGUCACUCAAUGAAGAACCUUGAAGCAUUAAUACACGUGUCGACUGCUUAUUGUAAUUGUGAUCGCUUUGAAGUCAAAGAAGAAAUUUACCCACCUCCUUAUGACCCAGAAAAUAUUAUUCAGGCCAUGGAUUGGAUGGAUGAUGAACUUAUUCAAACUUUAACCCCUAAAUUAAUAGGAAACCGGCCAAACACUUACACAUUUACAAAAGCAUUAACUGAGCAUAUGUUGCUUAAAGAAAGUGGAAAUUUGCCUGUAGCGAUAGUUCGUCCUUCGAUAGUUAUAUCAUCUGUAAAAGAACCGAUGGCAGGCUGGGUCGAUAACUGGAACGGCCCAACAGGCAUCAUUGCUGCUGCAGGAAAAGGUUUUUUUAGGUCUAUGCUUUGUCAUGAAGACAAAAUAGCAGACCUUGUUCCUGUUGAUAUUGUUAUAAAUCUCAUGAUAUGCGCUGCAUGGAGAACAGCAACGUCAAGACCGAAUGACAUAAUGGUAUAUAACUGCUGUACAGGGCAAAAAGCACCGAUAACCUGGAAAGAAUUUGUUCAUCAAUGUUUUUUAUCAAUGCGAAAACAUCCGUUAGGUGAUUUAAUGUGGUAUCCAGAUGGCCAGUGUAGAUCAAACUAUUUAAUGAACUCGAUAUGUAAAUACACGCUUCACUUUUUUCCGGCUUAUAUAUUAGACGCUCUAAGCUGGCUAUCAGGAAAAAAACCAAUAAUGGUGAGGGUACAAACUAAACUUGAAAAAGCAGCCACUUGCUUGACAUACUUCUCAACACGACAGUGGAAAUUCUUGGAUGAAAAUGCAUUAACACUUUUUUCAAUGUUGUCAUACCAAGAUAAAAUGACAUUCCCCUUCGAUGUAAGACAAAUAAAUUGGCCAGCUUAUAUUGAACACUAUGUUCUGGGAAUUAGACAAUUUAUAUUCAAAGAAUCUCCCAGUAGUUUACCAAAAGCUAGGAAACAGCUUUCUAAGUUUUAUUGUCUACAUCGAAUAUCACAGUUGUUGUUCGUGUUGCUGAUGUGGCGCUUUGUCAUAUUGAGAUCUGCGAGUGCACGAAGAUACUGGUACUUUUUUCUCGACUUGGUACUUCGCCUAGCACGCUUGUUGCCCAUCUUAUGAACUUAUACCAGUCACACAGCUCAAACUUUAUACCUAGCGCUAAUAAGUUUACCUUGACAUUUAGAGGUUUUUUUACUCAAUUGUAAUAAAAACCAAACUCAAAUAGGUUUUAUAAUUUGUUCGCAGAGCCUGUAAUAUUACAUAUAACAGAAAUUACUAUAAUGAUAGAGCAGAGCGUUGAAUAUUGAUAUAAAUAAAUUACCUAAGAGGACAAGUAUUCCACAUAGUUCUUUUUCCUGGUAUAUUAUUAUUUUUAUUUGUACAGUCUGUUCACCGAAAAGUAAAAAAGAUGCAAUAUAUCUUACAGUUGGUACAUUUGUUUGCCACAUGCUUGCGCCAAUCGCAAAAUAUUGUUAGGAAAUGUUGAGGUUCGAUGAUUUUGGAAACCGUAUUUGGCUGUUAUGUUAUUUAUCUAGGAUUUAUAAAUGAUUAAAAUUAUCGGUAAAAAGUUUGAUGUAAUUCAAAACGAAACAAGUACAAAGAUUCAUUGAAGAUAUAUCAAUGUACUUUAAGUUCCAAUAUGGCUUAUAGAAUAACUAAAAUUUAGUACCUCUAAAUGAUGCCAACAAUUAACAUUCAUUUAAAUCAUGUUUGGACUUUCAUAUUCAACAUUUUUCAAUAUGAAACUAUUUUGUUUAGAUUGGUAAUGCGUUGUACAUAAAUUGCAUUUUUAAGAGUGGUAACUUUCAUUUCAUUAAGCCGGUUUGCAUUUAAAAUUCUUCAUUGCUGUACUUAUUUUCAAAUUUAGAGGUUAAAGAUUUUGGCGAAAUGUUUAUUGAUUUUUUUUUUCCUAUUCGAAAUAAUAUAAUUAAAUGCGUUUAAAAGAAUGUAACUAUUGCAAAAGAUCAGGCAAUCCAAUUCUCACCAUUCGAAUAAAGGAUCGAUAAUUAAAGCAUUGGCAAAAAUUCCAAGACAUGUAAAAAUGACAUUUGCCUCGCUUUUGUGUAAUGUAAAAUGCAAGCUUUAAUUGUGACAAUGCGACAAGAAAGCUCAAAAUUUACUUACAAGAUGUGUGCGCGAUUCUGAAAUUAAAUUCCAUUGCUUUGUUUAUAAUGCUCAAUAAUUCCAUUCUGUUUAACCUCUUUAUUAUAUAUUUAAUUUAUUAUUUUUAAAUAUUAAAACUUUUAUACUAGUCCUACUAUUGAGUUUAAUUUAAACAUUAUUUGCACAUAAUUUAUUAAUUUGAAUAACUCUGCAUAUGUAAUUUUUUGAUUGUUAAUGUUAUUGUAAAAGUAGGUAUUUGAAGACUUGAUGGGUUAUUAGCUCAAUAUGAAAAUUUAUUAUACAUUAAGAUUUAUACAAUUACUUUGUGUUAUACAUUAAUUUAAUCAUGUAGUAGAAGGCGGUUAAUUAUUAUUUAUGUUAGUUGUAAUUGCUUCAUUUUUUUUUUCUAACUGACCACAUCACCUUCCACUGUGCCAAUUUAUUUAGUGUUAAGAGUCUCUUCUGUAUGUGAUUACGCUUAACAUGCGUCGAUCCAUGUUUUCCAAUUGAUCACUUCCUACUAUUUUAUAAUCCUCAACAAUAACUUCCCAUUUAUGCUUUUCCAUUUUAUUAGAUAUCUAACCUACUCUCUUGCACCAAACGAAGAAUAAAACGAACAAAAAAAUCCUAUAAUAAACCCUCCAUUUAUAUAAGAUUUAUUUUUGUUUGAAUGAAUUGUUGAAGUUUUAUUUAUUUAUUUUUAAGUACGUCAUACCCUGAUUCGUGCCUGAUAAAACACUUGUGACCAGUGCUUUUUGCAUCAGGCUAAUUUGUCGACAAAUUAUGUUGGGUGUGACUAAUCAAUUAUGGUAUAGUUGUGCGAAAUUCAUAGUAAUAGCUAGAAAGCUAAUGUUUAGGUAUGAAAUUCCAUUAAAAAAAUUGUUGUUAAUUAGGGGUAUUAUUAUUGAAUAAAAAUGGCGUGAAGGAAAUGUUUAGCAUGGCUUUAGAUAGACAUUCAUUAUUCUUAUGAUUAUAUUGUUAUUAUUAUUAUCAAUUACAAAUGUUUCUACAUUUUCUUAUUUAUCUUGCUAGCUCACUUGUGCGACUAAAUCUUUAUAAUUUUCGAUACUAUCAUUAUAGUUUUUGUUGACUACAAAAUUCUGAAUUUGAUUAACCAUCAUAGUGAUAAUGCUUACAAUUCAAAUAUAAUCUUACCUCCGCCACAAUAACCCCUUUGAACAAAGCAAUCGACUAGAAAGUGACAAUUCAAAUAUUAAACAUCCAACGAAAUCGGAUUGAAUUUAGGAAUGUACAUAAAUUACAUUCUCUUCAUUUAUAAGCAUUAUCACUUUUUGGAUUGAAAAUUUUGUUUAAAAUAAUAUAUAAUCAAUUUAUAUUCAGUCAAAAGUAUAACGUAAUAUUUAAUGUUCAUAAGGAUAUAGCGUGUUAGAAUUGAAUAGCUGCUGAAAUUCACGGCAGAGAAUACCAAAUAAUUAAAUAUAAUAACAACAUGUAUUAUAAUAA